UCUUUUUAUAACCUCCCCUACUCCUUUGUUUCCCUUUUCUCCCUCACCCACCCACCGCCCAUUCCACUCUCCACAAAAUGGAUUCUACAACCAACAAAAACACAACAAACAUCAAUGGUCUUGCAUCUAUUGCUCAUAGUCAUAUCACACAACAUGGAUUCUCGUCAUCUUCUUCUUCAUCAUCAUCACGUUUUAUCUCGCGAUCAACAAGCUUUAGAAGCCUGUACUCCUUUUCUUCCCCAAGAUCUGGAACCUUUUUUAAUGGAAGAUUUUAUGAACAACAACCCCAUUUUUUGGAUUCAUGUUUUCUUUGCAAAAAACCACUUGGUUGUAACAGAGACAUCUUCAUGUACAGGGGUGACACGCCAUUUUGUAGUGAAGAGUGUAGAUGGGAGCAGAUUGAGAUGGAUGAAACCAAAGAAAAGAAAAGAUAUCUCGCUGCAUCAGUCAAAGCGUUGAGAAAAAAACAAGAGCGUGAAAAAUCAUCUCCAUCCACCUCACCAAAUAAACCUUUUCGUUCUGGUACCGCCGGUGCAGUUGCUGCUGCCUAAUAAAUACUAUUAAAUUAAUAUUAAAAAUAUUUUCAUUUUUUUUAUUGUUAAUAUAAACAAACAGAAACUUAAGGGCAAAGGAAUUAAAUUCCUAGAAGAAAAAAAAUAUUAAGUUAGUGGGAAGAAAAAGUUUCCUCAAUUAACUUUAGUUAUUUUGUGUCAAUGACAUAAUUGUCCACAUGGGUUUUAUUUGUGUGUUUGUUUUCUGGUAAUUAUGUAGAAAGAUGGGGGUAACUGUGGAAUUACAGUUACUGGCCACGAAGUAGCUAUGGAGUAUGAUAUGGUGUAUCGGUGUGGUACAAAGUGCACUAUUAUUUUGAAGUGUACGCUUUUGUACUUUUCCUAUCUUUGUACGUCUGUGAUUAUUUUUUAUGCACAGUGUACAACUUUCUCUUUUUCGUAUUUAUAAUGAAAGGCUUUAUCAUGCUGGUUUUCUUUUUUGUUA